AUGUAUACAAUCUUUGGAAACGAAAGAAAUCUCUUUGGUCAACAUUACAAAGCUAAACCAGAAGAUAAAGAAUUUGCUGAAAAAUUCUAUAAAUUAGUUUCAAAUGUUCUCUUACCUGAAGGACUUCUGAAACCGAACAGAGUGACGAAGAUGCCAGGUGAAUUGAAUGGAGUGGAAGCGGGAUUUGAAAGAAUGAUGGAAAAUAAGGUGGUAGCCGAAAAAUUGGUCUAUACAAUAGCUGAAACUAAUGGCUUGAAUGACUAUCGUUGGAUUUGUUGUCGUAAAAUAUGUUCAUAG